GGUAAAAAUAGAGUUCAGGCAUUGUGUGCUUUCGCUGAACCUUCUCCAUCGGAAUAUACAGACGCGUAUUGGAAGUUCUUGAGUGUAAUGAUUCAGGACAAGAUUGCAGUUGCAAUUAAAGGAGACAACUGCAUCCUCAAUUAUGGUUUCAGGUUGUUCAAAAAGAAUGAGAAGAUAGUCAGUCAACACCAGUAUAUACGCCAAAAACUGAGAGAACUUGGCAGGGCUUUAUUGGAAGCUAAAAAAAUCACACAUGUGAAGACCAUUCAAGAACUCAUCAAACCUGAACAGUACUCCCAGGUUGUCAGAGCUGCAAAGAACCUAUCUGGAUUCAGUGAGGAAACUGGCAUAUACCAAUGUCCCUCUCUUGCACGCAAGGUAGGGCACAGCCUGCAUUCGUUGGCUAUGUUUAUCAAGUCUGAAGGACUGAAAAAGAAAGAUAAAGAAACCAUUAAAGAUGCUGAGGAGUUUGCACAGUUGUAUUUAGAGAGUUGGAGGUUUGAUAUUGCAGGCCAGGCAUUAACCCAGCUUAACCGGGCCAAAUGGAAUGCACCGCAACUUUUACCUCUUACACAAGAUAUCCAAAGGCUACAUUGCUAUCUAGAAGAAAAACUGCAGCAACAUCUCAAAGAUUUAAAAGAACAUCGUUCAUCCACAAAUUGGAAGGAACUUGCAAAAGUAACGCUGACACAAGUUAUGCUUUUUAAUCGGCGGAGAGCAGGUGAAGUGUCCCGAAUGCGCCUGUCUGCAUACUUAUCGAAGGACACAUCAGAGGAACAGGGAGAUGUAAAUUUGGCCCUCACAGCGCUUGAGCAGAAGCUCUGCAGGCAUUUUGUGCGAAUAGCAAUUGUUGGAAAAAGAGGAAGGAAGGUUCCUGUUCUUCUAACCCCAUCAAUGAGAGAAUCACUUGAUGCUCUUACUGAGAGCAGAGAAGAAUGUGGGGUGCUGAAGGACAAUGAAUAUCUGUUUGCAUUGCCACAAUCUGACCAUUACCUCAGGGCUUGUGACUGCUUGAGGCAAUUUGUCAGUGAAUGUGCAGACAUAAAAAAUCCUCAAGCGCUAACAUCAAUUCAACUGAGGAAACAUAUUGCUACCCUGUCUACUGUUCUGAACCUUAAAACCACCGAGCUCGACCAGUUGGCAGACUUCCUUGGUCAUAAUAUCACUGUUCACAGGAAACACUACAGGCUCCCAGAAAGCACCCUACAAUUAGCCAAAGUAAGUAAAGUCCUUCUGGCAAUGGAACAAGGACGCCUAGGAGAUUACAAAGGAAAGAGCCUCGAUGAAAUACAAGUCGAUGUAAAUGAGACCAUCGACAUGGAGGGACCUUUAGCAGAGGACAUUGAAGAUGUCAGUAUGCUAGGAGAAGAUGGGUCAGAUGAUGAGGUCAGCAUGUCAUCCACGCAAGAAUGUACCUCCACAUCACAAAGUCAAAACCAGGGAGUGUCUGCCACCGAUGUCAGUAUGCCAAGAGAAGAGGGGUCAGAAGAUGAGGUCAGCAUGUCAUCCCUGCAAGAAUGUUCCUCCACAUCACAAGUCCAAAACCGAAGUGUGUCUGCAAAAAAGAGAGGAAAACAAACGGCCGUCAAAAGAAGCUGGACCCCAGACGAGUGUGCUGCAGUGGACACACAUUUGAGGAGAUUUAUUGUAAUGAAUCAAGUUCCUGGUAAAGAAGAGUGUCAGCGCUGUAUUACUGCAGAACCUCAAGCUCUCAGAAACAGGGACUGGAAAGCAGUUAAAUAUUAUGUUAAAAAUCGCAUUACAGCCCUGAGAAGAAAAGUCUAGUGUACCUAAUGGAACUGAGGUAAAACCAAAACAUUAGAGGUAGGAUCUUAAAAUGUUUUGUAUUUGGUUGUGUUCUGUUGUAACCUUGUUGUUGUUGUUGUUGUUGUAGGGGUUUGCUCAGGUUUUAUGGCUGUCCAGUGGCCUACAAAUAUACAGUUAUACAAUAUACAGUUCUUAUUUAAUUUAUUUUUUUAUUUGAUGGAUGUAGGAUGGAUGUUGGAUGGAUAUUGAAUAGAUGUUUGAUGGAUGGAUGGAUGUUGGAUGGAAGUUCGAGAGCUGGGUGGAUGUAGGAUAGAUGAUGGAUGAAUGUUGGAUGGAUGUAGGGUAGAUGAUGGCUGGAUGGAUGUUGGAUGGAUGUAGGGUAGAUGAUGGAUGGAUGGAUGUUGGAUGGAUGUAGGGUAGAUGUUUGAUGGAUGGAUGUUGGAUGGAUGUAGGGUAGAUGUUGGAUGGAUGGAUGUAGGGUAGAUGAUGGCUGGAUGGAUGUAGG